ACAUGUUUAUGACUAUUUUAGCCACACACUAAUGAUGACAGCGACUCUGGAACAGAAUCUGAUGAUGAAGGAGAGAAAAAAGAAGUUCAGAAAUGUAUGGAAAAUGUUCAGGUGGAAGAAAAGAAAAGAAAAUUGGGAACAGGUAAAAGUCCACAUGCGGUGACAAAACAACAGGUGGAUUGUAGUUGUGAAGGUCAACACCAGGUAUGUUGUGCUUCUAAAACAGAUACAGAGAGCUCUCUUCUAGACUCUGCACUGCCAAGUGACAGUGAUCAUAAUUUUGACCAGCAUAGCUCCGAGGAAGAGCUAGAAGUAAUUAAUAGUGCUGGGAACGUUAUUCCUCGGAAUAGCAUGUAUCCUGAGAAACGAAAAUGGUCACAAGCCAACCGGCUUAGCUGUGGGGAGCACUCUGCAUCCUCAGAUGAUGAGGUACAAGAUGUGUUUUGUAUAUCGACUCCCGUGGAGUUCUGUGCUUCCCCUCCUGCAAAUGUGCACAAACCUAGUAGAUCUCUCUCACCCCCACCAAAAGUCUUUCACUCUGCAUCUGCCAACAUCCCUUCUUUUGAAGUCUGUUCUGUUUCCCCUCGCAACACAUCCCCUCGUAAGAAACACAGACAAAUGCAUGCCAGUGGAGGUGCAAAUAUCCAGCGACCAUGUUUGGAUUUUGAAAAAAUGCAGCAGAUAAGAGUGUGACGAUACACCCUUCAACAAUUCCGGUAAGUUAGGCCAGCUGGUGAUUGGGACUGCUGAGACUUGGAAAGUGCGCGCGAUGCAGUAUGUGUUUUAUAUAUCUUCUGUGCGGUUGGCCUCGUGUUUCUUUGUUUGUUUGUUGUUAUUUUUUUUUAUAACGGUACGAUCAUUGACUAGUCGUCUUAAGACAUAGUAUGGGCAUUGUGACGUCGUAGGAGCUCUAGCUGAUGACGUACGACUGCAGUGACUAUAUUAUUCAAUAUGAUAGGAUGCUUAUCCUACUGCUGAGACGAUAUAUAGUCAACUAUGAUGAUGUUUUGCAGCGUACAGCGGCCGCAUAUGUGCACAAUCAUAUGGACUGAUCUUUUUGUUUUUUUUUCAGGUUUGUGAAGUAUGUUUCAAUGAUCUCCCUCCAUGAUGCACAUGUAUGUAUGUAUGUAUGUAUGUUCCGUUGAUGUAUUUGUUCACGAAGUAAUGUAAAGAUGAAAUUCAUAUUAAAAACUUUAUAUUGCAGUAAAGCCA